AUGGGAAGAGUCGGUGACUGCGGCUCUUCUCACUCAUUUCUUUACAACGUUGCACAGAUACACAGAGAGAAACACAGGAAAGUACAUGUGGACAAGUGGCCAUGGCUGUAUCAGCUCCCGUUAUCCCACCGCCCCCUCUCACACCCACUUCUACCCCGUUAACAGGAGGCUUGUACCGGACCGACUCGGUGUACACCAGCCCCACGGAGUCUCCCAAACUCAGCAGCAUUGGGAACAAUCUCAACAGCGGGAACGAGUGUAAGAUGGUCGAGCUUCGUGGAGUCAAAGUGGCGUCUUUCAAUGUGGACGGGCAGGAGCUGAUCUGCCUCCCGCAGGUUUUUGAUCUGUUCCUCAAGCAUUUGGUGGGCGGUUUGCAUACGGUUUACACCAAGUUAAAGAGACUGGAUAUAACGCCCGUGGUCUGCACCGUGGAGCAGGUCAGGAUCCUCAGAGGACUCGGAGCCAUCCAGCCCGGCGUCAACCGUUGCAAACUCAUAUCCAGGAAAGACUUUGAAACUUUGUUCAACGAUUGCACCAACGCGAGCUCAAGACCUGGAAGGCCCCCAAAACGUACCCUGAGUGUCACGUUGCCAGAAAAUUCUCGCAUUAUGUCCCAUGCAGUCCCAGGUCUCUUAUCACCAGGAAUCAUCUCGCCAACAGGUUUAACAGCAGCAGCUAUGGCUGAAGCAAUGAAGUUACAAAAGCUGAAACUUGCAACAAUGAAUAAUCUCCACGGCAAUGGUAGUCAAAAUGGCACAGAGUCUGAGAAUGAGGAGCUGAAUUCCAGUGCAGGACUAGAGUUGCCAUUCAUGAUGAUGCCCCACCCUCUCAUCCCUGUCAGCCUACCUCCUGCAUCGGUUACCAUGGCAAUGAGCCAGAUGAGUCACCUCAGCACCAUAGCUAACAUGGCAGUGGCAGCCCAAAUGCACAGUCCCCUUUCCCGAGCAGGAGCUUCUGUUAUUAAGGGAAUGCCAGUACAAGCCAGUAAAAGUUACACUCAUCUACUUGGACAACCUCUUGAAUUUUUGUUCUGCCACCAGGAGCGGGUUCAUAAUAGCCCAUCCCCAGCACCGUCCCUUGAAGACACUCAUCGACCUGGAAGUCACCCCUCUUCACAUCAGAGCAGCAGUGUGUCUAGCUCACCAUCCCAACAUGACAUUGCCUCUGACAGAAUAUCUGGUCAGCCUGGGACUAGAGAAGGGGAACUCAAUGAUCAUGAUAAUGGACCCAAUAUAAAGAGAAGUCAAAAGGAGAAAGAUGAGACUCAGCUCAUGAUGCCUGCCAUUAGAUCCAGCAUCGAGAAGUUUCACAUGGCUGGGCAAGCCUUGCCUCCUGGGUUUCCUGCUCCAUUUUUAUUUGCUGAUGGACUAUCUUCAAUAGAAACACUUCUAACCAAUAUUCAGGGCCUGCUGAAGGUGGCUGUUGACAACGCACGUGUGCAGGAAAAGCAGAUACAACAGGAGAAGAAAGAACUCAAACUGGAGCUGUUCAGGGAGAGAGAAAUGAGAGAAACCUUAGAGCGGCAACUCACAGCAGAACAGCACAAUAGAGCAACAAUUCAAAAGCGACUGAAGAAAGAGAAAAAGGCAAAGAGGAAAUUACAAGAAGCACUUGAAUUUGAGUCAAAACGACGAGAGCAAGUGGAACAAGCUUUACAACAGGCUACGUCCACAGAAAGUCUCAGGGUGCUCAAUGACACAGUAAUUCCUGAGAUGGAAGCUGAACACUGUGGGACUCAACUUGAUACAACAGCUACAGUACAAGAUAGAUCAUACAUGAAAACAUCCAUCCUGUACUGAAGGACAAUUUUUAAGUUGAACUAAACCAUGUAUUGACAAUGUUACCACACUCAAGAGAAACCGUGGCUAGGUACAGCAUGUACUUAAGCCUCUUUCCUUCAAUGCAGCCUCAGUUGACACAUUUGCCUACAGGAUUCAUAAUUUUAAAAAAAUUUUAAAAAAACACAUCCAGUGCGAUGGAUUAGUGCUGCAGGUAAUAAUCGCCAAAAUGCAGCAAUGUUUUUGUAACAGGUUAGCUGCACCAGUUGAUGUACAUAGCAAGAGAGAUGCUGGUUGUUUGGAAAGUAGUGUGUUAUGCUAUUUUGAAGAACACAUUGGAGAGCCAACUUAGAUUGAAGUGACUUCAUGGACUGAUGAAUUCACAGCACAAUAAGCUUGAUUCGAGGCUGUUAAAUGCCUUAGUCCAGAGACAACCGAAGGACUUUGUAAUGGCUGAAGGAAUCCUGCAACAAAACUGUCUAUUGUAAUUAUGAAUAAAGCUUUCUCUGUUAAAACUGGUCUAUUUUAAAAAACGACCUUUUAAAAAAAGGAGAAAGCAACAAAUGUUUUGCUGAAUGAUGACGUCCUUUGGUUUUGUGAUCCAUCUUAAAAGAGAUGCAUUGAUUUAUCAUUAACAUCUUUUACACUCUGCUCAAAUAUUGGGGAAGGAAGUGAAAUUUAUGAAUUAGAAAAUGUUAGGAAAUGAAACCUUUUUUAAAAUGGUUAGUUGCUCGUGUACGCUACCAUACUUUCGUUCAGAAUAUUUAGUUGAAACUUCAACCUCUGAUCAGAGAAAGGAAUGUUAACUAGUAAAGAUACAAUGUUAAUAGAACUUUUCAGUUUCUCUUUUGUCUUUGCAAAGCUGUUCACAGAAAAAGACAUUAUUCCCUGCUGUUCGGUUCAGAUUGUCAGUGAAAAAAAACAGUGCUGAUGUUAGUUGAGUUUAUAGCUGUGUAGUGAAGCUGAAAAAACAACACAGGUCCCCUGCACGUCAUGUGCAGAUAUCAUUAAAGAAAGCUGACACAAACAACUUAAAUACUUAAUACAACACUGUAAACAACCUCAGUAGCAAAUAGCUUGUCUACACUCCGUUCCAAAGAGGAACAUUUCCCCCACAUAAUCAUCACCAAGUGAAGAAAUGAAAAGUAAAUAACUUGAAGUAAAUUAAGAGACUGUUCGGUAAUUCAGAUCAUUCAUAUUUUUGCUUUAUUAAUGUGUACACUGAUGGAUUGGGAGCUACACUCCAUAUCUCACUGUUAAGGAAAGCUACACGACGAAAAUACCAUUCCUUACUUCAAGAAUGUAGCUUGAAUUUUGUCAUAGAAAUUUUAAGAUUUCACACAAGCAGCACAAGAUUAAGUAGUAAUAUGCAGAGCAUUGUCACAGUCACAUUUUGUGCAUAGAAUUUGGUAUUAUAAGCAACCUGCUGGAAGGAUAGGCAAUAUCAUUUAAAGGAGACGAUUCACCUUACUCAAUUGAACACAAGACAUUCAUGUAGCUAUGAAACAGAGUAAGUGCAUCAUAUGGAACACACAGACAUUAAUAUCUACAGGAUUAAAAAAAAUAGAUCAUGAGUUAUGCACUUCUUCAGACAUUGGUGAAGUUUGUCCUUUUCAAAAAUAAUCAUGCAGUCAUUUGUCCCUGAAUUUUGUAGUUCAAUGAAAAGACUGGACUUGAUCAUGUUGAUUGCUAUUAAACCCAUCUUGAUUAUUCACCUUUUACUCAGGGCAUAGGAACACAAAAUCUGCAGCAGUGGAAAUAUUACCUGCCUAGCAUGAGGCACUAUGAACUAUAAGUUUUGCUAUGUGCUUUUUGGGAAGAGUUCAUAUUUCAGAUGUGGUGGCAGAUAAUAGAAGAUUUGUUUUCUUAAAAAAAAGGAAUGCAAUUAGUUUUCAGGUAAUAAUAUGACAAACUAUUAAAAAGUUAGCUUUGAUCUAUCAAAAAAGUUGGAAUCCAAUUCAAUUUCACUAAAAGUCUGAGUUUAAGUUAGUUGUUAUCUGCAGCCCUUGAAAAAUAGUUGAUGAUGUCCAUCUAGCCAGAAGUGUCAACGUUGUGGCAUGGGAAAGAGCGUUCGCGUUUUAGAAUCUGAAGUUACAUUGAUCUCUUAAUCACAUCAUACAAUUCAUAUCAUAUCAUAUCACCUCACAUGCCAAAACACAGUGCACUUUUUUUCAUACCUUAUAUCUGCUGUUACUUCAACCAGAACACUAUUUCCCUUCCUAGCAUUCAUGACAUUGUUUUGAAUCUGAAUCAUUUCCUGUCAUAUGAUGUUGCUGUUAAAUAAAUCACUGAUCUUCAAAUUGUUUAUGCUCCGUUCAGAUUGGUGAAAAACUUAGUCACCACGUGUUUUCAUAACCAAGUAUUUGAACUUCCAAACUGGAUUCUUAUUUGGGUGUUAAAAAAAACCACACUAAAAUAGAAAUUGCUGGAGAAACUCAGCAGAUCUGGCAGCAUCUGUGAAGCAAAAACAGUUCUGAAGCAGGGUCUCUUACCUCAACAUCUAACUCUGUCUUCUCUCCACAGAUGCUGCUAGACAUGCUGGAGUUUUUCAGGCAAUUUCUGUUUUUGUGUGUCAGAUUUAAAGCAUCUAUGGUUCUUUGUUUAAGCAACUAAAGUCUCAUUUUUGUGACUAGGCCAAGUCACAAUCUCAAACCAUUGCUAGUUUGUAAUUUAAAGAACUUAUUUUUCCUCAUUGGUCUGAGUUCACUGUAGUAGUUUUGGCUAUGAUUUUGUACUUUAAGCUCACAAUGGUUAGCCACUAUAUUUAAAAUCUCCAAAAUACCAGUUAGCAAAGACCACCACUCACCAGCGUUACAAUGAAAGACAACCGGAUGAUGUGUUUCAGCAACUGGUUCUGGUCUCCACAAUGAAACCAUGAACAAGUACACCUUGAACACUCAACCAGUUAAAUAUCACACACAAACGGAGAUUCAAAUAUAACUUAGUUAUGAACAUACAAAAAUAUAAUACAGUAAAACUAGAUUAUAAAAUGUGAACAUUGUUCAUUUUUCCUACUGGUGUUAAAAAUAAACAAGCAAAUAGAAAUGUUGAAAACAGAAAGACAACUAAUGCAAGUUUAGUUUUCAUAACAAAUAUUUAAAGUCCAGAGAAAAAUACAGCAUUUUACAAUGACACUGACAAAGCUUGACUUUUUUUUUCUUCCCCCAGGGUGGCCAGCCUUACUAGCAAUAAUCACACACCAGGAUUACAAAUCCAUUUAAUCCCAUAGCUUCAUAGGUUUGAGGCAACUACAAGUGAUGUCUACUUGUUAAAUAUAAGGCAGUAAUUGUUUUCUCCCACUACACACACAUUGCAUCCACAACUCCAGCACAACUCUUGAGUUUUUAAAUAGAGGCCUACCUAAACUAGAGGCUGAAUCUUGCAGAAUAUUGAAUUGCAGGAAUUAAAAUCAAUUUCCAUUGCAAAAAACUAUAUUUUCUUCACAUGAUUAAACUAAACUUGGAUUUCAUUCAGUUUUUGACACUGUUCAUCCUGUCAGAAGAUCUCAAAUGAAAUAAGAACAAUUUCAUUGAAUUCUAGUUGCUGGACAUUUUACACAUUUUGGUGAACUGAAGCUCAGAACAGUAAACAAACAACAUCUGAAUCUACUUCAGCCUGAGACAAAUUAGAAUCUCUUCAUUGCUUGGGAUUUUGUUCCACACAUUAAGGAAAAGAUGUAAUUCACAUUGAAAUAUGUUUAAUUAUCAGCAUGUGAUAAGUAUCACAUUACUGAACUCUGACUAGUCAUUGUUGGGUCAGCUGAAAACAAUUUGAGGUGUGCCAGGUUAUGGGUGCUCAGAAUGCUGCUGGUCAAUAAAUUGCUGAGAAGCCUCCCCCCCAACACCUUUAAAGAUGUUUGUUGAACUGUAUUAAUUUAAUUCAUAAAACAUUACUGUUUUGUUUUAAAUGGAGAUAAUAGCAAAGACAAGCAUCAAGGUUAUUGGCAUCUGGAUCACAUAGUCUUUUUCAAAGCUAGAAAAACAUAUUUCUGCUGUUCAAUUUAUUGUGGAAACCAGAUCUUGCCGACUGACUGUUGUUCAAUGGAUUCUGUCAAAAGAUUAUUUUGAAAUAAUCCAUUUAAGAAGGAGAAAAGUGCUUUUUGUGUAUGACAAAUGGUCUCUUAUUAAUCUUGUAAUAUGAACACAAGCAUUAUAAGUGUUGCUGUGCAGAACACAUCACCCCUGUUACACUGUGGCAGUAAUGUCACAUUUGAUUAUUUUUAUCUGCCUUUUCACCUUAGGGGGCUGUGUAACUAUAUAUCCUAAAACUGGUGGAAGGUGUCACAAGGUAAACAUUUAAAUUUUAACUCUUGGUGAAGUUUGAGAGUCUUUAAUCAUCACAAGAUAAUCAUCAUGAUUAAGCUGUUUAGAAAUAUAAAGUGGUUUGUUAGUUUCUGUUUAAUAAAGUUGAUCAAUAAUUGAGACAUUGGAUGUUAAUCUGAACAUUGCCUUUCCUUUAGCCCAAGCUUUGAAUUAUUGCUGCCAAGUUUUAGAUUAUGUUGCACUGGGAGCCCCAAUACAAAUAACUUGACUUGGAUACAAGUUUAGUGCUACUUACAGAAAUAAAAGUUCAAAAAAAAGUACAGAAUGCUUUGCAACCUUUUAAGAAGGUUUUUUUAAAAAAAUGAAUAUUUACAAUGUGUAUCCUGAACCUUGUUUAUUUUUGAAAAAUGAACAUUUGCAACACCUGGUGGUUUGCUAGUUUCCUUAAGGGAUACAUGCAUUUUACUGAGGAACACUCAAACGUUAUUGUGGGAGCUGGUAAGUACAAUUUAAAAAAAUUUUUUUGUUGUUCUUUGUUUAUUUGAAGUGUUGCUUCAAAAAAACCUGGGAAUAGACACAUCAGGAUAAUAUUAACAUUCCCAAAUUGGAUGGAUUGCUUUAAUUUGGAUGAGAUACUAAUAUGUUAAAAGUCUAAUACAGGAUCCCACUUCCUUGAAAGCUGUCCACCUUUAGUGUUAAUAGAAGUGGGAUGAGGGGUGAAUGACCAAUCUGCAGUUAGCAGUGGAACAAAACUGGUCAAUGAAAGCUUUGGAAGGAUGCUGUGUGUUAUCAUUUUAAUAGGAUUUCCAUUAUUAAACCAAAUUGACUUGGUUUCAAGAGACAUGAUGGGUACUGGAUCCAUCAACUAAGUGCUUUAUGGCACUAUUUGUGAAUCAGGAGUAACAAGUACAGCAACUUGUUAACUUGUCCUUCGUCUCCAUGCUCUCCCCACACCCCAGCCCAAAUAAUUGAUACCUUCAAAUCACUCAGCUCCCAAAACUGUUGAAUCCCAUCUGAAACUAACUCUCAGAAUCUCCCCCAUACCUAGUCCGCCCCCAUCUUCAAUGCCCCUCUAAUCGCACGUCAGUUCCAAGUGAUUUUUGAUUCACCUGCUCCCCCUAGCCAUACUGCCCACUUACCCCUGGUACUUUCUCCACCCCCAACUACCGCUGAAUUCUACAUGGGUGAUUCUCGGUGGUCCCUCUAGUGGUAAACUGCAGCUGUACAAUUUCCUGCUGCCAUAUGCUGGCAUCAUAUCAAGUUAAAACUGGCCAGGCAUCGUGUCGAGUGCCAGGAGUUGAAUCACAUCAUUCAGGCAGGUGACCUGGUCACUUAUCCUGCCAGCUUUGCACUUGCAUCUUAAUCCUCAUUCACACUGGGGUUACACUUCCUGCCCCAGCUAUGUUAUGAGCUGUGGACAUGAAUUCUGCAGCUUGCAGAAGUGUGGAUGCUGCAAAUCUGAAACAAAAAUAUAAAUUGCUGGAGAAACUCAACAGGUCUGGCAGAGGGACAGAAAGUGGAGAAAAAGCAGAGUUCAUAUUUUGAAUCUCUGUUCUGAUAAAGGGUCACCAAGCCUGAAGCAUUGACUAUGUUUUCUCUCCACAGAUGCUGCCAGACUUGCUGAGUUUCUCCAGCAGUUUCUGUUUAUAGUUCGUUCUUCUUAACCUGACAACAGAUUAGUUAUGUCAGCACCCUUGAAAAUCAGGACAUGUUUCUGUUAAUAUUGAGAUAAUCCGGAUGAAUAAUGAACAACUCCAUAUAAUCUACCUCACCUUUUUGUCACUCAUAUCUCUGGUGAUCAGAAUGAUGGGAAACAAUGCAUAUCCAAGUGACAAUGGAAUAUGAUCAUAUUGGAUUUACUGAUUCAUUCAAAGCCAUCCAUGACCAAUGGGGAAUGUGUGAUAUGCCUUGCCUCGUUGGUGACAGUAAUCAGAUUAUCAUUUAAAAUUAAUCAUGCCUUAGCCUGAGUUUGAACAGGUCGUUUCCCGUGCAUUUCUUCUACUUAUCUCAAGGGUUGUGUGCAAAGGAGCAGUGAUGUUUGUUCAUGCCUGUUGCUAUCUUAUUACCCAAGGUAGGAUGAUUCCAUUGCAAUGUAGAUAAACUAAUAAACGCAUUGUUCACAUUGCACAAAGAGCAGAUAAUCACAGUUUUAAUCACUGUAUAUUUUGUUCUGAUUUAGCUUUGGCUUUUUACUGUAAUUUUAGUACCUGAAACUGUUUAAAAAUAAAUGAAAUUUGUGCAAUGUAUCUUUCCUUGAUGAGAGAGCAAUAAGGAGACAUGUUUAUGGCCUGAAGGCUGAAUUGCAGUGUGAGUUAACAUUGAAAAACUCAAAAUAAAACUAAGUAAUCAGUGUAACAGUGUAGAAAUGUGUAACAAGAAUGUAGUAACAAAAACAGACAGCCUGUGACCCUACUUGGGUCCUGACCGCACUUUGGGAAAUUCAAAUGUAAGGAAUUCAUGUUGAAUUAAACCAAACUUCUAGCUUGUCUUGAUUGAUUUGCAUGUGU